AGGCUUUCACCUCGCAGCUCCACCCAGGCUCUAUCCACACACCACACCACCGCCGCCUCUUCACAGAGCACUGAGCGUGAGUCAGCUGUGCCAGAACACCACAACUACACGAUGAGCAGCAAUUUGGCCUGGGCUGUGGUGGGGGCGGCGGUGACUGUGUUGGUGGUGAUUGGCGUGGACGUAGCACGGGCUGACGAGUGCUCCCUGCGGCCUGUCAUUCACAUACUGUCCUACCCGGGCUGUACCUCCAAGCCCAUACCUUCAUUCGCCUGCCAGGGCCGAUGUACUUCAUACGUGCAGGUGUCUGGCAGCAAAUUAUGGCAGACGGAGCGGUCAUGCAUGUGCUGCCAGGAGUCCGGCGAGCGGGAGGCGGCUAUCACCCUCAACUGCCCCAAGCCUCGCCCCGGGGAGCCUAAGGAAAAGAAGGUGUUGACACGAGCACCCAUUGACUGCAUGUGUCGGCCAUGCACUGACGUGGAGGAGGGCACCGUGCUGGCCCAGGAGAUUGCCAACUUCAUCCAGGAUUCACCAAUGGACAGCGUUCCCUUCCUCAAGUAGACCAUCAUCUCCACACACACAUAUAUAUAUAUAUAAUGAAAUGCACACCAUGAGGAAGGAUUGAGACCACAUUCCAAGUUUCUCUUGCUGCUGAGCUGUAGCAAGACCAGAGCAAGACUUAACCGAAAAUCUCGUCUUUUUGGAUGCAAUUCCUGUCAAGGUCAUUCAUCAGUAAAAU